CUCUUUCGCGUCACGCCGCGCCGGCGCAGUCCGUGCUCGCCGGCUGAGGGGAAACUUUCAGCAGGCGGUGACUGGGGUUGUCCGGCGUGUCUCCACCACCAUGACGGAACGCAAGGGAACAGCUAAAGUUGAUUACCUGAAGAGAAUUGAAAAGGACAUACAGAAAAAAUGGGAUGAAAAUAAAUUGUUUGAGAUUGAUGCUGUUGAGCCAGGGAGUCCAGAGAGUAGCAAGCCAAAGUACUUUGUUACUUUUCCCUAUCCGUACAUGAAUGGACGUCUCCAUCUAGGACACACUUUUUCUUUAUCUAAGUGCGAGUUUUCUGUAGGAUUUCAACGUUUAAAGGGGAAAAGAUGUUUGUUUCCUUUUGGACUACAUUGUACUGGCAUGCCCAUUAAGGCUUGUGCUGACAAACUGAAGCGAGAGCUGGAAUUAUAUGGUUACCCACCUAAAUUCCCAGAAGAGGAGGAGGAGGAGGAAGAAAAGCCUUCGAAACCUCAAGAAGGAAUCAUUAUAGACAAGGCAAAGGGGAAGAAGAGUAAAGCUGCUGCUAAAGCUGGCCAAGCCAAGUUCCAGUGGAAUAUCAUGAAAUCAAUGAGCCUGACUAAUGAAGAAAUUGUGAAAUUUGCAGAAGCUGAACACUGGCUUGAUUACUUUCCAGUUUUGGCUGUCCUGGAUCUUAAGAGAAUGGGAUUAAAGGUUGAUUGGCGACGUUCCUUCAUCACAACAGAUGCAAACCCAUUUUAUGAUUCAUUUGUCAAGUGGCAAUUUGUGACUUUAAAAGAAAAGAAGAAGGUCAAGUUUGGAAAAAGAUACACUAUUUAUUCUCCAAAGGAUGGGCAACCCUGCAUGGAUCAUGAUCGGCAGACUGGAGAGGGCGUGGGACCUCAGGAAUAUACUUUAAUCAAAAUGAAGAUCCUUGAGCCUUAUCCAACAAAACUAAGUGGCCUUAAAGGUCAAAACGUCUUUCUGGUGGCUGCUACUCUGAGACCAGAGACCAUGUUUGGACAAACUAAUUGUUGGGUUCGUCCCGACAUGAGGUAUAUUGCCUUUGAAAUAAUGAAUGGAGACAUAUUUAUCUGUACACAGCGGGCAGCAAGGAAUAUGUCUUUCCAGGGGUUUACCAAAGAGAAUGGAAAAGUGCCUUUGGUGAUGGAACUAAUUGGAGAGGAUAUCCUUGGUGUGUCAUUGAGUGCUCCCUUGACAUCCUACAAUAUUAUCUAUGCUCUCCCUAUGCUCACCAUCAAAGAAGAUAAAGGCUCUGGCAUCGUCACCAGUGUUCCAUCCGAUGCUCCAGAUGACAUUGCAGCUCUCCGAGACCUAAAGAAUAAGAAGGCACUGAGAGAGAAGUAUGGAAUCUCUGAUGAAAAGGUCCUACCAUUUGAACCAAUUCCUAUUAUUGAAACCCCAGGCUAUGGAAACCUCUCUGCACCAACUGUGUGCGAUGAAUUGAAGAUUCAAAGUCAGAAUGAUAGGGAAAAACUUGCAGAGGCCAAAGACCGAGUUUAUCUGAAAGGUUUUUAUGAAGGGAUAAUGCUUGUGGAUGGGUUCAAAGGACAGAAGGUGCAUGAAGUCAAGAAGCUAAUUCAACAGAAAAUGAUAGACGAUGGAGAAGCUAUGAUCUACAUGGAACCUGAGAAGCAAAUUAUAUCAAGGUCUGCUGAUGAGUGUGUUGUAGCUUUGUGUGAUCAAUGGUAUCUGGAUUAUGGUGAAGAAAAUUGGAAGAAACAAGCGACAGGGUGUCUGUCAAAGCUGGAAACAUUCUGUGACGAAACCAGGAGGAAUUUUGAAGCUAGCCUUAACUGGCUGCAAGAUCAUGCCUGCUCAAGAACAUAUGGCCUGGGCUCCCGUUUACCGUGGGAUGACCAGUGGUUGAUAGAAUCUCUCUCUGAUUCCACCAUUUAUAUGGCUUACUACACAGUAGCUCACCUAUUGCAAGGGGGAACUCUGAAUGGUCAAACGUCUGGUCCACUGGGUAUCAGACCAGAACAGAUGACUAGAGAAGUUUGGGAUUAUAUCUUUUUGAAGGAUGCUCCACGCCCGAAAACUCAAAUUCCUCAAAAGAGUUUAGACCAACUGAAAAUGGAAUUUGAAUAUUGGUAUGGAGUGGAUUUGCGCGUCUCCGGGAAAGACCUGGUUCCAAAUCAUCUCUCGUACUACCUGUAUAACCAUGUAGCCAUGUGGACAGAUGACAGUACAAAGUGGCCUCGAGCUGUAAGAGCAAAUGGACACUUGCUACUAAAUUCAGAAAAGAUGUCUAAGUCAACAGGGAAUUUCCUUACCCUGUCUGAAGCUAUGGACAAAUUCUCUACAGAUGGGAUGCGGUUUGCCCUUGCUGACUCUGGCGACACAGUGGAAGAUGCAAACUUUGUAGAAACAAUGGCUGAUGCAGGUAUUCUGCGGCUGUACACCUGGGUGGAAUGGGUGAAGGAGAUGAUUGCAAACCGCAAGAGCCUCCGCAGCGGACCAGCUAACACCUUCAACGAUCGGGUCUUCAUCAGUGAGAUGAAUGCUGGAAUUCUGAAGACAGAGCAGCAUUAUGAGAAGAUGAUGUUCAAGGAUGCUUUAAAAACUGGCUUCUUUGAAUUUCAGGCAGCAAAGGACAAAUACCGUGAAGUUGCUGUGGAAGGAAUGCACCAGGACCUGAUCUUCCAGUUCAUUGAAAUUCAGACCCUCCUACUGGCUCCAAUAUGCCCACACCUUUGUGAGCACAUCUGGACUCUUCUAGGAAAGACCGAGUCAUUGAUGAAUGCAAGAUGGCCAGUAGCUGGAGCUGUGGAUGAAAUUCUCAUUCGUUCAUCUCAGUAUCUGAUGGAAACUGCACAUGACAUUCGUCUCCGUGCCAAGAACUACAUGGUUGCUGGAAAAGGAAAAAAGGGAGAGGCAAAACAAACACAGAAACCAUCUCACUGCAAUAUCUAUGUGGCAAAAAAUUACCCUCCAUGGCAACACACUACCCUUCUACUGCUGCGCAAACAUUAUGAGAAAAAUGCUGGUCAGCUGCCAGAUAAUAAAAUCAUUGCCAGUGAACUGAAGGACCUGCCCGAGCUGAAGAAAUAUAUGAAGAAAGUCAUGCCUUUCGUUGCGAUGAUCAAGGAAAACCUGGAAAAGAAUGGGCCUCGAGUUCUUGACUUGGAGCUGGAAUUCGAUGAGCGAAGUGUCUUGAUGGAAAACAUUGUCUACUUAACGAACUCUUUGGAGUUGGACCGUAUUGAUGUAUUCUUUGCAACAGAGGCAGAUGAUAAAAUCCGAGAAGAGUGCUGUCCAGGAAAGCCUUUCUGUGCAUUUCGAACAGAGCCUGGUGUUUCCCUGUCCUUGGUAAAUCCCCAGCCAGCAAAUGGACACUUCUCAACGAGGAUUGAGAUCCGGCAGGGUGAUAAAAAGGACACUGUUGUUCGAAGGCUAAUGAAGAUUGACAGGGGUAUUAAAGAUCUUACAAAAGUGAAGCUUAUGAGGUAUGAAGACCCAGUACUGGGUCCCCGACAGGUCCCAGUCCUUGGGAAGGAAUCUGUAGGUAAAGUUCCCAUUUCCGAGAAAGCAUCUUUUCACAUCGACCUGACUACAAAGAAAAUCCACCUUACUGACAAUGGGUUAAAACUUGAUGUGGGUGAUACCUUGAUCUAUCUGGUACAUUGAUGCACAACAGAAUAAAGCUCUUGGCUUCACCUUGGUUGUCAGUUGUAAUACUUUUUCUAUUGGUGUUGCCCUUUAUAUUUUAUUGCAUUUUAGUUGUCAAUUUGUAAAUGAAUGGAAUAAAGCAAUUAAUACUA